AUGGAAAGCCCAUCCCAAGCUGCCUCUUCUCCAUUACACCACGUCAAAGACGUUAAAGACGCAGACGAAGCCCUCCUUGCGCGAAUCGGCUACAAACAAGAGCUCAAACGCGAGUUUUCGCCCUUCGAGAUAUUCGCAGUAUGUCUGAACGUCAUGAGCAUUGUCCCGUGCAUAGCAUCGGUCCUCUUCAACUCCAUCCCAAACGGAGGGCCCGUGGCGAUGGUCUGGGGGUGGGUAGCCCCCUUCCCCUUCAUCCUCUGCAUGGCCCUUGGCAUUGCGGAGCUCGCAUCGGCUAAUCCCACAUCUGGCGGUUUAUACUACUGGACACACGCGCUCUGCUCUCCAGGAUCUCGGAACUUCCUUUCAUGGGUUGUAGGGUACGCAAACACGAUCGGCAACAGCACCGCAAUGGCCUCCGUCGACUGGGCCUUCGCGGUCCAGGUCACGGCGGCUGCGAGCAUGGCCACGGACGGCGCGUUUGCUGCGACGCAGCCGCAGACUUUCCUAUGCAUCGUAGUGGUCGUCGUGCUCCCCGCAGUGACCCCACCCGAGCUUAGGAACUCGGCUUCGUACGUAUUCGGCGGGUUCACGAAUUUGAGCGGCUGGCCCUCGGGCUUCGCAUUCAUCCUGAGCUUCCUCGCGCCGCUCUGGACAGUCGCCGGAUACGACUCGAGCGUGCACAUGAGCGAGGAAGCGUCCAACGCCGCGCUUGCCGUUCCGUGGGCGACAAUGUGCUCCGUCGUAGCGGGCUUCGUCCUCGGCCUAGCCGUAAACAUCUCCCUCGCAUUCUGCAUGGGCCCCUCCGUCACCGCCGUCAUAGUAUCCUCGCCCCUCGGCAAGACCCAGCCGCUCGCAGAGAUCUUCCGCGCGUCCCUCGGCGUGCGCGGCGCGCUCGCGCUGUGGUCCCUCGUGCUCGUCGCGCAGUUCUUCAUGGGCGCGAGCACCCUGCUCGUGUGCUCGCGCCAGGUGUUCGCGUUCGCGCGGGACGGCGCGCUGCCGUUCUCGCGCAGCGUCUACUCUCUCGGAUACUGGCGCCCCGGGCGACGAAAUUCGGCGGCAGGAGCCAGAGCGGAGGCGGGGUUAGGGGUAGGACUGGUAGAGGGAGCACCGGUGGCGGCCGUGUGGCUCGUCGUUGCGUUUGCGCUGCUCGUCGGUCUACUGAGCUUCGCGGGCGCACAGGCGAUUGACGCGGUGUUCGGUAUGGCCGUCGCGGCGAAUUAUGUCGCGUACAUCGUGCCCAUGGCCGCGCGGGUGCUGGCUUCUCGCAGAGGAAGUGACGUGGACAAAGCUGGUCAUGGAGGAUUCAGGCGCGGGCCGUUCCACAUGGGUCGUUGGAGCACCCCGGUGAUAUCGGUCGCGCUGGCGUUCAUGGUGUUCAUGAUCGUCGUCUUCCUCUUCCCCGCCUCUCCCGCAGCCAGCGCUCGAGACAUGAACUACUCGGUCGCCGUUCUUGGUGGAACGUUCGCGCUCGUCAUCGCGGGGUACUAUUUCCCGGUCUAUGGUGGCGUGCACUGGUUUCGGGGCCCGGUGCCAAACUUUGACGCUCAUGCUCGCCCGGACCCCUAUCGCGAGAGCGUUAACCGGCGAGAAGACAAAGACGGCGCCGAAAAAGGGGCAGAGAGCGCUCGAUCAGAGUAUUUCGCUCAAGGUCAGAUAUCAGAAUCACAGCAAACGUUCCUAAAUAAUUCGUCACUUGCUGUGCAUCCAUAA